AAAUAAAUAAAUAACCUCCGCACCAAUAAGAGAGGCAGCGGCUGCCGAGAAGGCUGGGAUCGGAUGGGAGAGGUCCUUCUUGGGCUCUAUUUGUUUGUUUGUGACUGGAGCUGCAAAGUUCAGAGCCAAACGUGUUGCUUUCCGGCGGCGGCGACCGCCCCGCUUCACCUGCUCCGCUGCCGGGUGCCUGCCCGGGGCGGCCCCGCUGCUCUGCGGGCCCUCCGCCCGGCAUCCUGCGUGCCUGGGGCCGACGGACGGCACAGGAGCGCAGGGCUCGGCUCUCGCCCGCCCGCUCGCCUUCCCCUCCUGCCUGCCGGAGCGACACGGACAGGUGUAGCUACAGAAAGAUAGAAAAUUCAUCACAGGAGCAGAACACACUCUGGAUUUUCUUCUGUUGUACAGACUACAUUGAUUGAAGUAUUGAAUCCUUUUGCAACACCACCCUCCUACACUGCCAUAACCUGAGGCAAACUGUUUGACAUUGCAAAGCAGAAGCAAUUAUCUGUUUUACUGAAGCGAUUUUCACCUGAAAGGAAUGGAAAUUAGGAAAUGAAAAGAUGAAAAAAAACUGGUGUAGGAAUGCUGUACUAUGCUGUAAAUAUCCCAUUUCAACAGAUUGAUAAAAGAAACUGCAAGAGACUUCAAAGGUGCAGAUGGCAUCAGUGCUGAUGGCAGGCCCAGAUGCACUUGUAGAAGUGUAAGAGCCUGAUCCCUAAAGACAGUGAAACCAGCGUCUAUGGCAGCAAAAUUGCAUUCCAUUGAUUGAAAAGAGCAUUCAGAGCUGGGACUGUGAGACUACACCAACCUUUCCCUUGUGUAAUGUCAAUGUCGGCUAUCACUUUGGCAGAAUCACCCAGCUCAGUGAAGACAGAAAACCCCUCCUUUCCUCCUGUUUUUUCAUCUGCUGGUGGCAUUCCAAGUGACCUUCCCUCAUAAAUAUUGGUGUAAUGACUACUCUUCUGAGAUGAGCUUUAAUUAAUGCACAGAGAUCCUGAAAGUCCCACCUCUCAAAAGUAAUGAUUGACAUCCAAGGAUACAAAAAUUGCACUAAUUGAGCUUUCCAUUUAUACACUUUUCUGCAACCAGCUCAUCAGAAAAGAUUCCUGGCUCAUUAGAGAUCCAUUCACAUGGAAAGCUGAAGGAGUCUAUUGCAAGGUGAAAGAAAGUCUGUGAGACGCUGGCAGCAAUGGGGAAACUAUUUCUUUAACUUUAGAGCAUCUAAGCCAGUCUGACCAAGAGCAAGACUACUCCCAUUGCCAUUGCUGUUAAACUGUUCAGGUCCUUGGCAACUGGAUCAUUUACUGACCCUUCUCUUCAUGUGAUUUCUUCUGGGAUCAAGUGCAGCACUGCCAUGCUGAGCCUUUCCCAAACACAGGAGGACUGAACAAGAGACAGACAUCUUAGAUUGAUGACUAGAUUGAUGGUGAAUGUAAGCUGAAUGUAGAGAAGACUUCCAAAUAAGCUGGGCUGAUGUGUGCAGAGAAGGAAUGAAGUAUGGAUGUGAAGGAACGUAGGCCUUACUGCUCCCUGACAAAGAGCAGACGGGACAAAGAACGGCGCUAUACAAAUUCUUCUGCAGAAAAUGAGGAGUGCAGAGUGCCUACUCAGAAGUCUUACAGCUCCAGUGAAACCUUGAAAGCUUUUGAUCAUGAUUCCUCUCGGUUACUGUAUGGAAACCGGGUAAAAGAUUUGGUCCACAGAGAAGCAGAUGAGUAUACCAGACAAGGACAGAAUUUUACCCUAAGGCAGUUAGGAGUUUGUGAACCAGCAGCUCGUCGAGGACUGGCAUUUUGUGCGGAAAUGGGGCUCCCCCACAGAGGUUACUCUAUCAGUGCAGGGUCAGAUGCUGAUACUGAAAAUGAAGGAGUGAUGUCUCCAGAGCAUGCCAUGAGACUUUGGGGCAGGGGGGUCAAAUCAGGGCGCAGUUCCUGUCUGUCGAGCCGUUCCAACUCAGCCCUCACUCUGACUGAUACCGAACAUGAAAACAAGUCCGACAGUGAAAACGGUCCUCCCAUGCCAUCCUCCUCAUCUAGUCCAUCAGUUACUGAACAUUUACACUCCCCUCCUCCAUCACCCAAUCUCCAUGACAACCAGAGGUGGUUAUUAAGUAAUAAUGCCAGCCAACCAGUUCAGGACUCUGAUACAGAUGAGGACUAUACUGCCGGCUCAUAUCUAGUACAGACCAGUGAUAAUCCAGUAUCUGUCCCAGGUCAUGAACAACCUCCAAAUAACCAAGGCCAGUCGACCCUGCAGCCUUUGCCACCUUCUCACAAGCAACAUUCAGCACAGCAUCACCCAUCCAUCACCUCACUUAACAGAAACUCACUGACAAAUAGGAGGAAUCAGAGUCCGGCCCCGCCGGCUGCUUUGCCCGCCGAGCUGCAAACCACACCUGAGUCAGUCCAGCUGCAGGACAGCUGGGUGCUUGGCAGUAAUGCGCCACUGGAAAGCAGAGAAUUAGAAAGUCAAGCAGUCCUUGCAAAUGGUCAUGACAACCUUAUAGAGAUGGAUGUGUUUUCUCCAACAUAUCACGAUAGCAGUUAUGGUUGCUUGGCUGCAGCUGAGCUUGCCGUUCCAGGAAGUGCAGGUCAAGUUGAACCAGAAGGGAAUUCUAACAGAUUCUGGAGAUUCUUUCUAUCACAUUCAAACAGGCAUUUCCUAUUCAAAACUGGAACAGGGACCACACCACUGUUCAGUACUGCAACACCAGGGUACACAAUGGCAUCCGGCUCUGUUUAUUCCCCUCCUACUCGGCCACUACCUAGGAACACUCUAUCCAGAAGUGCUUUUAAAUUCAAGAAGUCUUCAAAGUACUGUAGCUGGAAAUGUACAGCACUCUGUGCUGUAGGGGUCUCAGUGCUGCUGGCAAUACUGCUGUCCUACUUUAUAGCAAUGCAUCUGUUUGGCCUCAACUGGCAGUUACAACAGACUGAAAAUGAUACAUUUGAGAAUGGAAAAGUGAAUUCUGAUACUGUGCCAACGCAUCCUGUAACCGUUCCUGCUGGAGACAGUGGAAAAUUAGGAGGAUUUGCACAAGAAAACAACACUAUAGAUUCUGGAGAACUUGAUAUAGGCCGAAGAGCAAUACAAGAAGUACCCCCUGGGAUUUUUUGGAGAUCACAGCUCUUCAUUGAUCAACCACAGUUUCUAAAAUUCAAUAUAUCCCUUCAGAAAGAUGCAUUGAUUGGAGUAUAUGGUCGAAAAGGCUUACCACCUUCACACACUCAGUAUGACUUUGUGGAGCUCCUGGAUGGCAGCCGGCUGAUUGCAAGGGAGCAACGCAACCUGCUGGAGUCGGAGCGAGCAGGACGGCAGGCGAGGUCUGUCAGUCUCCACGAGGCAGGUUUUAUCCAGUAUUUGGAUUCUGGCAUCUGGCACCUGGCCUUUUAUAAUGAUGGGAAAAAUGCAGAGCAGGUGUCUUUUAAUACCAUAAUUAUAGAGUCUGUGGUGGAAUGCCCCCGAAAUUGCCAUGGUAACGGUGAAUGUGUUUCUGGAUCCUGCCAUUGUUUUCCUGGGUUUCUGGGCCCCGAUUGUUCAAGAGCAGCCUGCCCGGUGCUGUGCAGUGGCAAUGGGCAGUACUCCAAAGGACGCUGCCUGUGUUACAGUGGCUGGAAGGGCACCGAGUGUGACGUGCCUACAAGUCAGUGCAUCGAUCCACAGUGUGGGGGACGGGGCAUUUGCAUCAUGGGCUCUUGUGCCUGCAACUCUGGGUACAAAGGAGAAAACUGUGAAGAAGCGGAUUGCUUGGACCCAGCCUGCUCUAGCCAUGGUGUGUGCAUCCACGGCGAGUGCCACUGCAACCCGGGCUGGGGUGGCAACAACUGUGAAAUCCUGAAGACAAUGUGCUCUGACCAGUGCUCUGGUCAUGGCACCUACCUUCAAGAGACUGGUAGCUGCACCUGUGACCCCAACUGGACAGGUCCAGAUUGCUCCAAUGAGAUGUGUUCGGCGGACUGCGGCGCGCACGGCGUGUGCGUGGGCGGCGCGUGUCGCUGCGAGGAGGGCUGGACGGGCGCAGCCUGCAACCAGCGGGCCUGCCACCCCCGCUGCACCGAGCAUGGCACCUGUAAGGACGGCAAGUGUGAAUGUAGCCAGGGAUGGAACGGAGAGCACUGUACCAUUGCUCACUAUUUGGAUAAGAUAGUGAAAGCAGACAAGAUAGGAUAUAAAGAGGGCUGCCCUGGUUUGUGCAACAGCAAUGGGAGAUGCACACUGGACCAAAAUGGCUGGCACUGUGUCUGCCAGCCAGGAUGGAGGGGAGCAGGUUGUGAUGUAGCCAUGGAAACUCUCUGCACUGACAGUAAGGACAACGAAGGAGAUGGGCUAGUUGACUGUAUGGAUCCUGACUGCUGUUUGCAGAGUUCUUGCCAAAACCAGCCUUAUUGUCGCGGACUGCCUGAUCCCCAAGAUAUCAUCAGCCAAAGCCAACAGUCGCCAUCUCAGCAAGCUGCCAAAGCGUUUUAUGACCGGAUCAGUUUCCUCAUUGGAGCAGACAGCACCCAUGUCAUACCUGGGGAAAGCCCUUUUAAUAAGAGUCUUGCAUCUGUCAUAAGAGGCCAAGUAUUAACUGCUGAUGGAACACCACUCAUUGGAGUCAACGUUUCCUUCCUACACUAUCCAGACUAUGGAUAUACAAUCACCCGCCAGGACGGAAUGUUUGACCUGGUAGCGAAUGGUGGUGCCUCUCUGACACUGGUGUUCGAGCGAUCACCGUUCCUGACACAGUAUCACACAGUAUGGAUUCCCUGGAAUGUCUUUUAUGUCAUGGAUACCCUUGUCAUGAAGAAGGAAGAGAAUGACAUUCCCAGCUGUGAUCUAAGCGGAUUUGUAAGGCCAAACCCUGUUAUCGUGUCAUCACCUCUAUCCACUUUCUUUAGAAUUUCUCCUGAAGAUAGUCCUAUCAUCCCAGAGACACAGGUACUUCAUGAAGAAACGACAAUACCAGGAACUGAUUUGAAGUUAUCAUACUUGAGCUCCAGGGCUGCAGGAUAUAAAUCUGUACUGAAGAUUACUAUGACCCAAUCUGUUAUACCAUUUAAUUUAAUGAAGGUUCAUCUUAUGGUGGCAGUGGUGGGAAGACUUUUCCAAAAAUGGUUCCCUGCAUCCCCAAAUCUAGCAUACACCUUCAUAUGGGAUAAAACAGAUGCAUAUAAUCAGAGGGUCUACGGAUUAUCUGAAGCUGUUGUGUCUGUAGGUUACGAGUAUGAGUCUUGCUUGGAUCUAACUCUGUGGGAAAAGCGGACUGCCAUUUUGCAGGGUUAUGAACUGGAUGCCUCCAACAUGGGUGGUUGGACAUUGGAUAAGCAUCAUGUGUUGGAUGUUCAAAAUGGAAUCCUCUACAAAGGGAAUGGUGAAAAUCAAUUUAUAUCUCAGCAACCCCCAGUUGUUAGUAGCAUUAUGGGCAACGGGAGACGACGCAGCAUCUCCUGUCCAAGUUGUAAUGGUCAAGCUGAUGGUAAUAAAUUACUGGCUCCAGUUGCCUUAGCUUGUGGGAUAGAUGGCAGUCUGUACGUGGGGGAUUUCAACUACGUUCGGCGGAUAUUCCCAUCUGGAAAUGUAACUAGUGUUCUGGAGCUAAGAAAUAAAGAUUUUAGACAUAGCAACAACCCAGCUCACAGAUACUACCUCGCUACUGACCCCGUGACGGGAGAUCUGUACGUUUCCGACACAAACACACGCAGGAUUUAUCGGCCCAAGUCGCUCACUGGUGCGAAAGACCUCACCAAAAACGUUGAGGUGAUUGGAGGAACAGGGGAGCAGUGCCUGCCAUUCGAUGAGGCAAGGUGUGGUGAUGGAGGCAAGGCAGUGGAGGCAACUCUCAUGAGCCCUAAAGGAAUAGCAAUAGACAAGAAUGGGUUAAUCUACUUUGUUGAUGGGACCAUGAUCAGAAAAGUGGAUCAGAAUGGAAUAAUAUCGACUUUGCUUGGCUCCAAUGACCUCACCUCAGCACGACCUCUAACCUGUGAUACCAGCAUGCACAUCAGCCAGGUUCGUCUGGAAUGGCCUACAGAUUUAGCUAUCAACCCAAUGGAUAACUCUAUUUAUGUUCUGGAUAACAACGUGGUUCUGCAGAUCACUGAAAACCGCCAGGUUCGCAUUGCUGCAGGGAGGCCGAUGCACUGCCAGGUUCCUGGGGUGGAGUACACGGUGGGCAAACACGCUGUCCAGACCACACUGGAGUCAGCCACUGCCAUUGCUGUGUCCUACAGCGGGGUGCUUUACAUUACAGAAACGGAUGAAAAAAAGAUCAAUAGGAUAAGACAGGUCACAACUGAUGGAGAGAUCUCUUUAGUUGCUGGAAUACCCUCAGAGUGUGAUUGCAAAAAUGACGUUAACUGUGACUGUUACCAAAAUGGAGAUGGCUAUGCUAAAGAUGCCAAACUUAAUGCACCUUCCUCCUUAGCUGUGUCUCCAGAUGGUACCCUGUAUAUUGCUGAUCUGGGAAACAUUAGGAUCCGGGCUGUGUCAAAGAACAAACCCUUAAUGAAUUCAGUGAACUCCUAUGAAGUUGCUUCUCCAACUGACCAAGAGCUGUAUAUCUUUGAUGUCAAUGGUACUCACCAGUACACCGUGAGUUUAGUCACCGGAGACUACCUGUACAAUUUUAGCUACAGUAAUGACAAUGAUAUUACCGCGAUAACGGACAGCAAUGGGAAUACUCUUCGGAUCAGGCGGGAUCCCAACCGGAUGCCAGUAAGAGUGGUCUCUCCUGAUAACCAAGUCAUCUGGCUGACCAUAGGCACCAAUGGAUGCUUGAAAAGCAUGACUGCACAAGGGCAGGAGCUGGUCUUAUUUACCUACCAUGGCAACAGUGGACUUCUGGCAACUAAAAGCGAUGAGACUGGAUGGACCACUUUUUUUGACUAUGAUAGCGAGGGCCGUCUAACAAAUGUUACAUUCCCAACUGGAGUUGUCACUAACCUUCAUGGGGAAAUGGAAAGGGCCAUUACAGUGGACAUUGAGUCAUCCAGCAGAGAGGAAGAUGUCAGCAUCACUUCCAACUUAUCAUCAAUUGAUUCAUUCUAUACCAUGGUUCAAGAUCAGUUAAGAAAUAGCUACCAGAUUGGUUAUGAUGGUUCACUGAGAAUCCUGUAUGCCAGCGGCCUGGACUCACACUACCAGACAGAACCACACGUCUUGGCUGGCACUGCCAACCCAACCAUGGCAAAGAGAAACAUGACCCUCCCAGGGGAGAACGGGCAGAACCUGGUGGAGUGGCGAUUCCGGAAAGAGCAAGCCCAAGGAAAAGUCAAUGUCUUUGGCCGAAAGCUUAGGGUUAAUGGCAGAAACCUCCUUUCUGUUGACUUUGAUCGAACCACAAAGACAGAAAAGAUCUACGAUGACCACCGUAAAUUCCUGCUGAGGAUUGCCUACGACACAUCAGGGCACCCUACCCUGUGGCUCCCGAGCAGCAAGCUGAUGGCUGUCAAUGUUACCUAUUCAUCCACAGGUCAAAUAGGCAGCAUACAGCGAGGCACAACUAGUGAAAAAAUAGAGUAUGAUGGACAGGGAAGGAUAGUGUCUAGAGUGUUUGCUGAUGGGAAAACCUGGAGUUACACAUAUUUGGAAAAGUCAAUGGUUCUUCUGCUCCAUAGCCAACGGCAGUAUAUUUUUGAGUAUGAUUUGUUGGAUCGGCUUUCUGCUGUCACCAUGCCCAGUGUUGCUCGUCAUACCAUGCAGACUAUCCGCUCCAUCGGCUAUUACCGGAAUAUAUACAACCCCCCGGAAAGCAAUGCUUCUGUUAUAAUGGACUACAAUGAAGAAGGGCAGCUACUUCAAACUGCUUUCCUGGGGACAAGCCGAAGAGUAUUAUUCAAGUACAGACGGCAGACUAAGCUCUCGGAAAUUUUAUAUGAUAGUACUAGAGUUAGUUUUACUUAUGAUGAGACAGCAGGAGUCCUGAAAACAGUAAACCUCCAAAGCGAUGGUUUUAUCUGCACCAUUAGAUACAGACAAAUUGGCCCGUUGAUUGACAGACAGAUUUUCCGCUUUAGUGAAGACGGAAUGGUAAAUGCCCGAUUUGACUACAGCUAUGACAAUAGCUUCAGAGUGACUAGCAUGCAAGGUGUCAUCAAUGAAACCCCACUGCCAAUUGAUCUCUACCAGUUUGACGAUAUCUCUGGCAAAGUUGAACAGUUUGGAAAAUUUGGAGUUAUAUAUUAUGAUAUUAACCAGAUCAUUUCAACAGCUGUAAUGACGUACACAAAACACUUUGAUGCACAUGGGCGCAUCAAGGAAAUACAGUAUGAAAUAUUUCGGUCAUUAAUGUAUUGGAUUACAAUUCAGUAUGAUAACAUGGGACGAGUGACAAAAAGAGAAAUUAAGAUUGGGCCAUUUGCCAACACCACAAAAUAUGCUUACGAAUAUGAUGUAGAUGGUCAGCUGCAGACAGUUUAUCUGAAUGAAAAAAUAAUGUGGCGAUACAACUAUGACCUGAAUGGCAACCUGCACUUGCUCAACCCCAGCAGCAGCGCCCGUUUGACACCUCUUCGGUAUGACCUGAGAGACAGAAUAACUCGACUAGGAGAUGUACAGUACAGGUUAGAUGAAGACGGAUUCCUGCGUCAGAGGGGUACUGAAAUCUUUGAAUACAGUUCAAAGGGCCUUCUUACUCGAGUUUAUAGCAAAGGCAGUGGGUGGACAGUGAUUUACCGUUAUGAUGGACUUGGACGACGAGUCUCCACUAAAACUAGCCUUGGGCAGCAUCUCCAGUUCUUUUAUGCAGACCUUACUUACCCAACCAGGAUAACUCAUGUAUAUAACCACUCAAGUUCUGAAAUCACAUCUCUAUACUAUGAUCUGCAAGGACAUCUUUUUGCCAUGGAAAUUAGCAGUGGAGAUGAGUUUUACAUUGCAUCAGACAAUACAGGGACACCACUGGCUGUUUUCAGUAGCAAUGGUCUCAUGCUUAAACAAAUUCAAUAUACUGCCUAUGGAGAGAUCUAUUUUGACUCUAACCUUGACUUCCAGCUGGUAAUUGGAUUCCAUGGAGGCUUAUAUGACCCACUGACCAAACUAGUCCACUUUGGAGAAAGAGAUUAUGACAUACUAGCAGGCCGGUGGACAACACCUGAUAUUGAAAUAUGGAGGAGAAUUGGGAAGGAUCCAGCUCCUUUUAAUUUGUACAUGUUUAGAAAUAACAACCCAGCCAGCAAAAUACAUGAUGUGAAAGAUUAUAUCACAGAUGUUAACAGCUGGCUGGUGACAUUCGGCUUCCAUCUGCACAAUGCCAUCCCUGGCUUCCCUGUUCCGAAAUUUGAUUUAACAGAACCUUCUUAUGAACUGGUGAAGAGCCAGCAAUGGGAAGACAUACCACCAAUUUCUGGAGUGCAACAACAAGUGGCGAGACAAGCAAAGGCUUUCCUUUCCCUGGGAAAGAUGGCAGAAGUGCAGGUCAGCAGACGGAAAUCCAGUGGAGAAAAGUCAUGGCUGUGGUUUGCCACAGUGAAGUCUCUGAUUGGCAAAGGGGUGAUGCUUGCUGUCAAUCAAGGCAAAGUGCAAACAAAUGUGCUCAACAUUGCUAAUGAGGACUGCAUAAAAGUGGCAGCUGUUUUGAACAACGCUUACUACCUAGAAAACUUGCAUUUCACUGUGGAGGGAAAGGACACGCACUAUUUUAUCAAGACCACCUCCCCUGAGAGUGACCUUGGGACACUGAGGCUGACAAGUGGGCGUAAGGCCCUGGAGAAUGGCAUCAAUGUCACUGUUUCCCAGUCCACCACUGUGGUGAAUGGCAGGACUCGUAGGUUUGCUGAUGUUGAAAUGCAAUACGGCGCUCUAGCGCUUCACGUCCGCUAUGGCAUGACACUUGAUGAGGAAAAGGCCCGGAUACUGGAGCAAGCCAGGCAAAGAGCUCUUUCCAGUGCCUGGGCCAGAGAACAACAGAGAGUAAGAGACGGAGAGGAAGGUGCCAGGUUGUGGACAGAAGGAGAAAAGAGGCAGUUGCUAAGUGCUGGAAAGGUACAAGGAUAUGAUGGGUACUAUGUACUCUCUGUGGAGCAAUAUCCAGAAUUAGCAGACAGCGCUAACAAUAUACAGUUCCUCAGACAAAGUGAGAUAGGAAAGAGGUAACACACUGGCUUAGCUCAGGCUGCCAAAGAGACUGUGUACCAGUGUCUUCUAAAAAGGAGACCAAACUGUUUUGCUGCAUUACUACUUGAGCCUAAGCUUACAUCUUUGCUCAGAUUUUUUCUGUAGCACAAUCCAGACUCUGUAACAAAAAGAGCGCCUUCCGGAAGAAUGAUACUGCUAAUGACAAAACUUUUUUUUCUCAAUGACCUUAAAGGUGAUCUGCUUUAAAGAAUAUGUUUACAUAUGCAUAUCGCUGCACUCAAGUUGGACUGAAAAGUAUUAAAAAAAAGAAGAAAAAAAGAAAAUAAAAAGGCCUACAGAUUUUGCAACAGGCUGUUUCUUUGAGGCACUGUAUUUAAUUAAGAUACAGACCCAUACAGUGUUUCCAAAUAGUACUGAAUUGUUGACCUUUGCUUAUGAGAAGUAGUCUCUCUCUUUAUCUCUCUCUUUUUCUCUCUCUUUCUCACUACAUAGGAUGUGGUAUAUAUCUGUUAAUUUUAAAACAUGGGGCAAAAAUUACUGUUUAUAGACAACCCAACUGCAUUAAACUGUGCUGCUUUAUAAAAGGACAUUGGCACAAGUGACUUAUGCUACCAUGGGAAUUUAAUAUUGGAUUUUACAAUGCUAACAUGGUUUGCCUUGGGGGGAAAAUGGCAAGUAGAAUCCUUGUUGCAUAUAAGCAAAGGAAACCCUGAUUUUUUUGUAAAUUAUGUGAGACAAGUUGUUUAUGGAUUUUUAUAUGAAUUACGAUUUACUGUACAUCAAAUAUUAGUCUCAGAGGAGUUAAUUUAUGUAAAGUGUUUAAAAAAGUUUAUACUUAAAAAUAAAAUGAUAAAAACAUGUGCUGUGUGUGAUUUUUUUUAAAGAAAAAGGAAUUGCACCUUUUAUGUUAUAGCUGUACAGUAUAAAGGAUUAUAUUGUAGAGAUAUAACAGUGAAUACUAAUGUCCAAAAGUGUUAAUAUUUUUGUAUUAGGUUUAAAGCUGUGCAUCUAUCACUCUGAUGAUAGGAUGGGACACUCCACAAAGUGGCUGGCUGAAUCAGACCACAGUUCCCUCCCCUCCCUCUCCUGUCACCCAGGCCAGUGCCACUUCAUCAGUCAUUGUUAGAAGGCACAGUAACCAAAUAAGUCUCAUUUAGUAUGAUGGAAGACUUUAAUAGGUUGGGUUUCCUUGUCUUUUUCCAGCCCUAAUGUAAUAAAUGGACAUUUAUUCAUACCAGGUGGGGUUUCUGUUGGAUUUUUAGAAGCUUUGUUUCACAAUGGAGGAAUAGUGUCUCAGGUGCUUGGCAAAUUGUAUGUAGAAGAAGAAGAAGAAAUGAUGUAGUUUCAUCCAGUUAUGUCAACUUUGUCUUCUGUAUAAUACAACUCUUUUAGGUGUUAAUAACUCCAGAUAGAAGAAGUGUACCUCUGACCUGAUGCUACAGAAUUGCUCUUUAGGCAGGCAGGCUGUCCAGUAGGUUCAUCUCCUGGCCUUCAGCUGGCAGAUCAAAUCUCAUUACUGUGAAACAGCCUGGGGAUGGAGAGGAAGGUCCAGUUCUAGUGCCUAGUCUGCAUCUCCACACCACUGCAUAGAUUUGGCAUGCUCUGCUCCAAGGCCCAGUAUAUUUGCUGCAGGAAGAACUGAAGUGUGCAGCUGGUUCCUUGUAGGAAGCCUGUGAUGGCAUCUAUGGCAUCUGUUCUACAUCUUGGCUGAAACCAUUCUUAGAGCUUGAGUCUCAUGAGCACUAAAUUCAGCCACAAAAAUAAAUAUUUUUAAGAUGAGACAAAAUUGGGGGUUUUGAUGUUCAUUGAAAUAUACACAGUAUUUCUAUCCAUGUAUUAUAAUGACAGAACAUAGUAAGUGAACGUGUCUUAACUAUGAAUGGUUCAAGUGGAUGUAAUAAAAAUAGUUUUCUAACUGCUUUGUAUUCUGAGAGUCUAUGGUAUUACAUACUCUAAAUUGCACAUUAGGAUUGUUUGAUAAACAGAUUUGAAUUUCUCCCUGCCAAGUUGCUACCGAAUCUACAGUAUCAGUGCUAUUACUGUAUGUGUGUAUUUGGUAGAGCAUACAGAACUAAUUACACAUAUAAUGAAUGCUAAUCAUCUAUUAGAAUUAAAGCACAGAUUAGUUGUUAGUACUUUUACCCUUGAAGCUUGAGGGCCCUAAAUUUAGAGAGGAUGGUAUGUCAGACCCCAGAGGCGUGUCAUUGAUCUACGUAUUCCUUUUAAAAGAUGUAAAAUGCUAGGUGUUUGCAGUUCUGUUGGGUGGCUCUUCCACAGCACUGUAUUUAGCAUGCUCUAAGUGCUCUCUGUUGAAAUAGGCUCAUAUUCUAAAUUAUGUCCAAUGUUUCUGUUCUGUUUGAAUAUUAAAAGCUUGUAUAACAUGUCAACAUUGAAAUAUAUCUUCUACUUGGCGCAUACCAGUCCCUUCUCCUUUGUUCUGGCACCAAUAAACAACAAAUUAGAGUAUCUGUUGGCAAUCAUUUUAGAUACAGUCAAAUCAAGCCAAUUAGUGGCCUUGUUAGUAGGUAUAAUGAGCCUAUUUCUUGCUAAAAAAGACUUGUGAUCUGGACAUGCUCCUGCAGGAAAUAGUGACCUUGGGGAACAUAGAAACAAAAGAUCUUUUUAAAGAAAAAAUAUGCAGAAAUAAAGAAGCAUAUUACAAAAAUAAGAAAAAAAGAAAGGAGAUUCUAAGUAUUUUAGACAAUGCCAGUCAAAAUGCUAUCCUGAUAUUUUGAGAUGUAUAUUUCGUCUGAUUUGUAUUGUUCUUUUAAUUUGCUUUCUUAACUUUAUAUGUGUCCUGAAUUUUCCACAAAUUGGUAACUAUAGAUUGCAUCUAGGCUUUCCAAUAAAAGCCAACCCAACGUG